CUAUCACAUCCCUUUCACUGGAAGGUCUACUUCCGGUUUUAAUGUGUUCGAUGUUGCACGAGUUUUACAGGAGCGGUUUGUCUUGUUUUCACAAUAAUUAUUAGUUCUUGCAUAACUGUUUUGUUUUCCAACUUUUUCUCAUAAUGGUUUUCUAUUUUACCAGCAAUGUUGUGGCAUCUCCUUACACGAUCUAUAUGGGGAAAGACAAAUAUGAAAAUGAAGACCUUAUUAAAUAUGGGUGGCCUGAAGAUAUCUGGUUUCAUGUUGAUAAAUUGUCCUCUGCUCAUGUUUAUUUAAGAUUGCAUAAGGGGCAAACAAUAGAUGAUAUUCCAAAAGAAGUAUUGAUUGAUUGCGCACAGCUGGUAAAGAACAACAGUAUACAAGGCUGCAAAACCAACAACAUCAACAUUGUGUAUACACCAUGGACAAACUUGAAAAAAACAGGAGACAUGGAUGUUGGGCAGAUAGGAUUUCAUGUACAAAAAGAGGUAAAGAUUGUAGCAGUAGAAAAGAAGAUAAAUGAAACUGUAAACAGGUUGGAAAAGACAAAAGAAGAGCGCUUCCCUGAUCUGGCUGCUGAAAAAGAAUGCAGAGACAGAGAAGAAAGAAAUGAGAAAAAAGCCCAAAUUCAAGAGAUGAAGCGAAAAGAAAAUGAAAUGAAGAGAAAGAAAGAACUGGAAGAAUUAAGGAGUUAUUCAUCUCUUAUGAAAUCAGACAACAUGACUACAAACGAGGAUGGGAAUGACUCUGAUGAUUUCAUGUAGAAAAAGAAGAAAAGCAUAAUGAAUGGACUUGAGCACUUGUCUGUGUAAUACUGUUGAGAAAUCUUAUUAAAAUAAUAAAAAUAUCAGCCAAUGAUGUAUAUAGUCUUUCAGCAUGUUGGAGAAUAGCAGGGCAUUGGCACAUUACUGCUUUGACAAAAAAGUAUUUUUGAGUUAUGUUACUUUAGAACAUUUGAUCCAUACUGAAGUUCGUUUCUGGUGUAAAUUCUGUCUACAAGGACUGUGUUUAUGUGCCAUGGAAAACUAUAAUGAUGCACAUUUUACUUUACCCUUGGUUUAGGAGAGCAUAGGCAUAAGCCUUAAAUUGAUGGUGUUUUUUUUGUUAAAUAUAUGUGAUCCAUGGAUGGUGUGCUUAAUAAAAUUGGUUAGUGUUCCCUUCAAGUUAAACUGUUAAUUAUUGUGGGUUAAACCUGCAAUUUAAAUUGUCAAUACCAUAAAACCCAUUUGUUCCCUUUUUUAUCAGGAUUAUAAAGGGUAUGUUUAUCCCAUUUAAUAUAUUGUGCAAACAGUGCAUUCCUAAAAUGAUACAGUAAUCCCUCGCUACUUCGCGGUUCACUUUUCGCGGAUUCACGACUUCGCGGGUUUUUAAAUACAAGUGAUUGCCCGCCUAUCGCGUAAGUUAUGUUCCAGACCCAUCAGCAACAGGAGAAAAUCCGCGAUAUAGAAAGACCAUAUAAAUAAACAUUUUUAUAGUUUAAGCCUUAAAAUACCCAUCCCACAUGCUUUAAACACAUGUAAACUUAUAAAACACACUUUGUUAACACAUAUGAUAUGUGGAUGUCGGGCUAAGGAUAUGAGUAACAUCUCACUAUUAUAAAACAUUUUAACUUCACGCAAGACAAGACAGUGAGACAGGAAAAUUGGUGAUGUACAGGAUUUUAAAUUAUUGACAGGCAGAGCGACAAGCAGCACAAAGCCAGCACAAAGUCCACUUCUCCUUAGCUUUCAUUCAGCUCCCCACCCCCUUGACAAUGCGAACUGCGCCUCCGGGAAGGGGGGCUUUGAGCGAACGUGCGUUCAGCCCUCACAAAACCACACACACACUCCUCCUCCUUCCGAAUGCGCAGAGCGGCAAGCAGGCAUUUUGGCAGAAGCAGCACAAAGUCCAUUUCUGCUCAGCGUGAGUUCAGCUGCCCCCCUUCACAAAGCGAGUGCAGACACAUUGACGUCUGAUCGCUGCGUGCAGUGUUGGUCUGAGGUGUUUAAGAAUGUAGAAAGUGUUUAAGAGCAUAGGAAGUGUUUAUAAGAGUGUGGGAAAGGUUAACAAGAGAAUGAGAAAGGUUUAUAACAGUGUGGGAAGGGUUUAUAAAGCCUUAAAAUAUGUUUAAAUAAUAAAAUAAAUAUAGGUCGCUACUUCGCGGAUUUUCACCUAUCGCGGGGGGCUCUGGAACGUAACCCCCGCGAUAGGUGAGGGAUUACUGUACUGAGUUUUCAAGUUUUCUCUCCAGUUCUAUUCAUUAAAUAAGGUUAUAUAUAUAAUGUAAAAUUAAAAAUAUAUUUCAACAUC